CGAGAGUCCAAGGUCGACCUGCCAUGCUGCGAUUACGACCUCUGAUUGCUGCGCCACUGCCAGCUCCAUGCUCAUCGACAUCACAACUACCGCCGACGAGCUUCAGCAGGCGAUGUAUAUGCACCACAACGCGCAGGCAAGCCCAGAGAGUCGACCGUGUGCCAGAGAUCUUGCUCGAGCCGGGCAUGGACAUGGACGAGAUGGAACCCUACGGCUACGAUGAUCUUCCUUCGUACGGUCACCUCGCGCUCGCCAAGGACCGCGAAAGGUUACACUACUUGCGCCUGAUCGAGUUUCAACUGCCUCUCCUCAAAGAUCUACGACGUCCUUUCGUACCACCUGCAAAGGAUGAAGUGAUACAAGUCCGCACUCAAAAGUGGAUAGGCGUGCCGACGGCGGUAGAUCAAAAAGUCGCCAUCACCGUGCCCAUCAAUUCGCUCGAGCUUCCGACUGGUGAGGCCAGGGAUACUAUCAGGAAGCUCGCGGGUACACGUUGGGAUGCAGAGAAGGACGUCAUCGCCAUCAGCUGCCAACGGUACAAUACCCAAGAGGCAAAUGCAAAGUGGUGCUCAGACACGUUGGACAGGCUGAUACGUUCUGCAAGGGACAAGUCGGUCGAUCUGAGCGAUAUCCCCUUGGACGACAGGCCGACGCUGGCGAGGAUCAAGAAGCGUCAUGCUGGCGUUACCUUCAAAGACUAUCCUCAAGAGUGGCUCAAGUCCAAGUCAUCAUCAUCCUCCUCGUGAGCCAGCUAGCACAGGUAGUCCCGGCCUUGUCAAAAGGCUAGCAAUGCAUUGGCGUACCUGCGCAGAUCAAGCCUUUGCUUGAACGAUGGGAGCCUCCC